AUGCACUUUUUAAAAUCAGUUUCCAUUUUAGCUCUUGCUGCUCAAUCAUUAGGUGCAGUCACUCGCUAUCAAUUCUUUGUCAAAUCAAGCAACAAGGAAAUUGAUGGUCACGGAUUAUACCAUAUUGAGGAAAUUGAUCCUGUUCAGUACUACUUCAUUUCCAACAACAACGACGGUAAUUCGGCGUCACUUAUUGAUUACGAUGACGCUCUGCAAGAGUUUUUCUUCCAAGUUGAUUCCAAUGUUAAGUUGUAUGUGAGAGAGUUGGGAGGUAUUUUACAAUACAGACCGGGUCCGGCUUUGAAAGGUACAAUUGGUGAUGAUGGUACUGUUUCAUUUUCUGGUAGUGAUGCUUUGCGUGCCCAAAAGAACAUCAACGAUCCCAAGAAUUACUCCCAAAACAAUUAUGCUGUUUUGCUUACCCCUCAAGUAAAGCUCAAUCUUAGAAAGGGUGGAGAUAUUUUGCAGAUGAGUACAAGAACCGCAUUAGAUGCUUCGAUUGGCAAUGAUGGUGUAAUUUCUUUUGACGGUAGUGACAUUUUACAUGGAAUUGACGAUACCGAUGUCCCUAGCGCUGGCGAAGGUUGA